AUGAUGUUUCCAUGCAGCGCUCUGCCUCCUCCUCUGUACCCGGGCUUACUACGUCCACCGCCGGCUCUCUCCUCGCCCCUGAACCGCUCAUUCCACUCGGGCUUCCUAGUAGAAGACCUUCUCCGACUGAGCCAGCCGGUCAGCUACAUACAUAGGACUUUCUCUUCCAGAGGUCCCGGGGACAUUCUCCCUCUCAGCGUGGGACCGGGCGGCCCUCCCCGGGCGUCAGAAGCCAGCACAGAGCGCUGUGUGCUGCAGAGCUCCAGCCUGCCGAGCCGCAGUAGCCCCGGCUCUGCGCAGGCUGCCUGCCCGGACUCCGGCUACCUGAAGUUUGGCGUUAGUGCGAUACUCGCACCGUCGACAAGGAGCGUCCAGAGUCUUCAGACCAAGUCGUUCCCUUUGCCUUUCUUUGAUGGAGGCCUUCAUCCUUUCAUCAGAGCUUCAUAUUUCACAGCCUCGUCCUCUGUGGUUCCUGUCCCAGGAACGUUUUCAUGGCCCCUGGCCCCCAGAGGGAAACCCAGGAGGGGCAUGCUGAGGCGGGCUGUGUUCUCAGACCUCCAGAGGAAAGCCCUGGAGAGAACUUUCCAGAGGCAGAAAUACAUCAGCAAACCAGACAGGAAGAAACUCGCAAGUAAACUAGGACUUAAAGAUUCCCAGGUGAAGAUCUGGUUUCAGAACCGCAGGAUGAAAUGGAGGAACUCCAAAGAGAGGGAGCUGCUGUCGACAGGUGGCUGUCGCCAGCAGACCCUCCCCACCAAAACCAACCCCCACCCAGACCUCACUGAUGUGGGCAGCACCCAGUGCCACAGGCUGGACAGCCACGAGUCACGUCUUCACCACCACCACCAUCACCAUCGUCACCAUCUUUCCUCUCCUUCAGAGUCCGGCAAACAGUCGGAGCUCUCCGAGUCAGACAAUGAAGAAAUCACCGUGUCAUAA